AUGUCCUCGUCUGGGUAUGACCUAGGACCGGCGGUGGACAGUGGUCAAGGCUAUGAAGCCUCCAAUCUGGGGGAUACCACAGCAACUGUGAUGGCUCGUCUCGAUGUCGCCCUCAACGACAUGCCGGGAGUCACGAUUCUGGACAAGUUGGACACUCUUAUGAGCAAGUUCGCUGCCGCCAAGGAACUGCUGGGAGGCUUGGAGCCAGACAUACUACUACAAGCUCUCAACACAGUCGAUGAACCCGAUCGCGAGUUGUUCAAGAGCUCAACCCUAGUAAACGCUUAUGAGCAUAUCUCCAAGAACGGACAUGUAGACGCACCCGAAGAAGAGGCUUCUGGAGAUGAGCUCGCGACUGCUAUUAUGGCUGCGCUUGCGGCUGUCGACGAAUCUGAGACAUCCCAAGAGCAGACGCACCCACAAGAGCCACCUCUCCAUGACACCCAGCGUGUCUUGCAGCCACCACGAGUCCAGCCUCUCGAGAACAACAGCCGCCAGUCCAACCCCGCACAACAAGAAGCCAUCUCAGAAAGCCCUACUCCUCAGACCGACUCUCGUCCCAAGCAAACACCCAGAUGGUAUACAAGGUGCUCGAAGGAAGAAAGGUACAUCCUCAGUCCCGCUGGGAAAGGCCCUUGUACUCGCAAAGCGUGUAACUUCCUUCACGAAGACCAACAUGCAUACAUGGUCAAUGGCCUAUAUCAAAAGGACGUGAGCACCGGAAAGAUACAAGCAUGGGAUUUGAAACCCUAUACCAACCGCGCCGGACACAACACGGGUAUAGAGAAGGCAGGCAAGAACGACCAGAACUUCGAUGCAUUCCUCAAAAAAUUGAAGAACAAGGACAAGGUAAGCGAGACGAAGGCGAAGGAAGAAUACGCUCAGAAGAAGAAGAAGACGAAGUCUGCUCUUGAGGCCAAGGCUGCUGCUGAGACUGCAGAGAAGUCCAAGAAGGCUGCCGUGGACGCUGAGGCGACUACCAAGGUAUUGCCUAAGAAGCGUAAGGUCGCGGCUAGCUCAGCAGCCAAGGGCACUGCGGAGCAUCCAGUGAAGAAAAGCAAGGGCAGCGAAGCUGAUCGCUAG